CACGGAGACCGAGUUGUCCUGUACAGUCGCACUAGCCCUAGCCAUACAGUUUCUCUUCUGGCAAUGAACCACAUGCACAUGCACAUGGGGCUUACAUGUAGAAGUUGUGAUAUCGAAUUAUCCAACCAAAGAAAGCAGUCACAGACGCAUUCAAGGCCACGUGCUGGCUGUUGUGAAUGCGAAUUACACGAAAUUUAUACCGUUCAGUGCCUACGGCUAUCUAGUCAACAAUAUAAGUGGAUCCGGCUAUGUUUUCAAGGUUGAUUAUGGCACUCCUAACUUCAAAAUACGAAAAAGCCAUCCAUUACGAACACUGCCGCCGGGAUCGAAACCAGUUUGCUGCUACGAGAUCCCAAGUUUGAAAUAUGGCGUAUGAUGUAGCCUUGAAAUGACAACGCCAUAGGGAAUUUUCGUGCAAACAUGGGCUUACUCUCCGGCCAGCUGGAAAUACAGCAGAAAACCACUCGGCGGGCUGGCGUUUUGCUUCAAACAUCUCGCGACUAUAGAAUCGCCAAGAUGGCGCUUUCGGUGCUAGAAUGGAUCGCAGUUGUAACUUUGGCAUUGGUUGGAUUUAAAUUAUCGUGGAACUUUUUCCAUUUUGUCUUCACCACAUUUCUCGGAUCCUGGCUCAACUUGAAUUUAAAUCUGACAGAUUACGGACCGUGGUCGGUUGUCACGGGGUCGACAGAUGGAAUUGGCAAAGCUUAUGCACACAAGCUGGCCUCAAUGGGUAUCAACGUUGUACUUAUAAGUCGGUCGUCUUCUAAGCUUCAGGCAACGGCACGAGAAAUUCAAACCCUUUAUCCACUCGUUCGUGUAAAAACGGUGGCCAUUGACUUUACUGGAGAUCGUUCUAUCUACAAGGCCAUUGCCUCGGAGUUGAUGGACUUGGACGUGGGUAUUUUGAUCAACAACGUGGGCAUGAACCCCGGAUUUUGUCAGCCUUUCACCGAUCUAGAGGACGAAAAUGUUUUGGACGAUAUUAUCCAUUGCAAUGUGUUGUCCAUGGCUCGAAUGACUCACAUGAUCUUACCUGGGAUGAUUCGUCGGGAUCGAGGUGUUAUCCUUAAUAUCGGAUCAAUUUCAGGCGCUUUCGCAACUCCUCUGGCCACUGUGUAUGCCGCCACGAAGGCCUUUGUCGACAAAUUCUCGCGUGACCUGACAACUGAACUCGGUGGCACCGGAGUGAUUGUUCAGACGGUGUUGCCAGGUUACGUUAUGACAAACAUGCUAAACGACACGACCUUCAGUAAGUCCUCCUGGACAGUGCCGAACCCACAGGAUUUCGUCGAGGCCAAUUUCCGUACUCUCGGGCUCGAGUCACGCACUGCCUCAUUUUGGUACCACAAGCUCAUGCUUUCGUUUUGCGAAACCACGUGUUUCCUCUUUCCAGAUGCGUUCAGCUUUUUCGCUCGUAAACAUCUUGAAGGACUCAGAGUGGCCAGUGGCCCAUUGAAUUCGCUAUCAUUCACCAAGUAGUACAAACGCCGAAUAGAAGAUGAACACCUACACCAGUACGAAUGUCGACCAAUUACCAUAUAUUUAUACCAAUUGCACUUGUGAUUCCCCGCUUUUUCACGGUUUUGCGUUACGUUACAUUACCGUAAUAAUGGACCUUCUUCUCUGUUAAUCGAUAUUGUAUUAUUCAAUUUUGUUAAUCUGUUGUUCACGAUUUGUGUUUGUGUAUUAAAAGCACAAUGUUCAUACAAUGUACUUAAAUUUGAUUUUCUAGGGUUACGCUAUUGUAAUCUGCUUAAACGACAGUCGCUGCUUUGGGUUCGUCAUUGAAGUUGCAAUAUGCUAAUUCCUAAAAUUCUAGGACAAUAGCUGACGACCCAUAUUUUUGCAUCGAAGGCCAUGCUGACAUGUGAAGAUAUCGCGAUUGUAAUUUUUUUACUGCGCAAUACGCUUUAUGGGUUUAUAGAGGGAAAGUUGUUGAUAAAAAUCAACUCUUCAAGUACAUCUUUAUAUCACUUUAAACGCUUCGCGAAAUAAAGUCGUGACAUUAAAACGCAAUAAACAAUUUUGACGUGUC